AUGGAUAGGUGCGCUUUUGAGAUUCAGCCGGCUCAUCGGUUUGGGGGUUCCAAUACAGCCAUUCGACGUCCAAAGGAAAUUGCUUGCUUUUCAUACGAUGACAAUCAUCAAUUUCAUCUCGGGGAGUCAUCCCUGCGGUACUACUAUCAACCACGUCUUCCUGCAGAUCUAAAUCGUGGCUUCGAUACUUUUCAGAAGCUUGAUGACACUGGAGAUGAGCAUCUCGAUGCUCUGUUAGAAACAAUCAUAGCUCUGGAGAAAGACACAGGGAAGAAAUGUGAAGCAGAUAUCAUCACUUGGAGGGGCAUGGUGACCAAAAUCCUGACAGCCCCAUUUGAUAAUAUGAAUGGGUUUGAGAUGAAUGCGACAUGUUUUCAGAACGAGCAAAAGAAAAUACAACGCAAUCAGAGGAUGCCACCGGGAAUGGCUUCUCAAGAUCUAAUGGCAUACUGGGGUUACAAAUUCGAAACUUUGUCUGUGCUUCCACACAGCUGGGAUCAGACGCCUCGCCACGAGAUUGAAGGCCGCGAGGAGGAAAUAGUCAAUAAUAACGCACAAUAUUGCUCCGUUGUCCGCACUGGAAUAGGUGGUGUUCGGCUAGUCAUCGGUGGGGAGGUUGAUGCUGUUUGGGACUGCAAACCUGACCGAAAAGAGGAUCCUAUUAACUGGGUAGAGCUGAAGACCUCUGCUGAGAUCAGGAACGAUCGUGAUAUGAUGAAAUACGAGCGGAAGCUCUUGAAAUUCUGGGCUCAAUCGUUCCUGUUAGGUGUUCCCAAGAUCAUCGUUGGGUUCCGUGACCAACAAGGCACUUUACGCCAUCUCGAAGAGCUCGAGACCUCUAGCAUACCAGGAAAGGUUCAAAAAGUUGGAAAAAGAACCUGGGAUGGAAACAUCUGCAUCAAUUUUGCCGCAUCAUUUCUCGAGUGGCUGAAAACUGUCAUUCGUGAAGGUGGGACGUGGAGGAUCCGCAAAAUUGAAAAAUCGCCUGUUAUUGAAGUUUUCAAAGUGGAGGAGAGUGGACAUGGUGAUAUACUCUCUCAAGACUUUUCAACCUGGCGGUUGGCAACGUGA